AUCCAUGCGCUUAUGGUCGCCUCCAUCCGGCCUCCAGAAAGCUCGGAUGACCAUCGGGCUGCCCAUAAACUCCAUCGUCACAAACAACCCAUUUCGUGAAAAUUUCGAAGUAUGCCUCGUACGCCGCAAAUGAAAUACGCUUAUCUUCAACGGCGAGUUUGCACCAGAAAUGUGUCCCGCCAAAGAAAUUAUCACGGAAGCUCCAGUGGAUACUUUCCCCGACGGCUACCGCAUGGGCACCGAGGUCGUCGUCUUUGGAUCGACAAUGCA